GGCUCUUGUCUGGGGUUCUCAGGAGGGGAGAGUUGGGAGAGGCUUUGCUGCUGAGGAAAUUUAUUUGAUAGAUUGAAGGUGUGAACAAGAGCUACAGAAACGAGGGAGAAAAUUCCAUACAAGCCAAUGGUGUUCGGGAGGAGCAUAAACCCAUUGCCUUGAGUUUGUAGGUGCCACUACUACUCUGAGAAAAUGGCAGAUGAAGAAGAAUAUGAGGAGGUGGUGGAGUACUACACAGAGGAGACGGUCUACGAAGAGGUGCCGGGCGAGACAAUAACAGAAAUCUAUGAAACUACGACAAGGACGACAUCCGACUAUGAGCAAUCACAACCUUCGAAACCAGGGCUGGCUCAGCCAGAACCAGCAAAGCCAGCGGAGAGGAAGAAGGUUAUCAGGAAGAAAGUGGACUCUUCGAAGUUCAUGACCCCCUACAUUGCACAUAGUCGGAAAAUGCAGGAUCUCUUUAGCAUAAAUAAAUAUAAGGAAAACUAUGAAAAAGGGAAAGGACAGCCAUCCACCAUCACAACCGAUACCCCAGAACUUCGCAGAAUCAAGAAAGUACAAGAUCAACUCAGUGAGGUUAAGUAUCGAAUGGAUGGUGAUGUUGCUAAAACUAUCUGUCAUGUAGACGAAAAAGCAAAGGACAUUGAACAUGCAAAGAAAGUGUCGCAGCAAGUCAGUAAGGUUUUAUACAAGCAGAACUGGGAAGACACCAAGGAUAAGUACCUGCUUCCCCCUGAUGCCCCUGAAUUUGUCCAUGCCAUUAAGAACACAGCCUUGUUCAGCAAGAAACUGUACACCGAAGACUGGGAUGCAGACAAAAAUUUGUUUUACCCAUAUAACGAUAGCCCGGAGCUGAGGAGGGUUGCCCAAGCCCAGAAAGCUCUCAGUGACAUUUCCUACAAAAAAGGUCAUGUUGAACAGCAAACGAAAUUCACAUCUCUGAAGGAUCCUCCAGAUAUAGAAUUUGCCAAGAAAGUGACUGAUCAAGUGAGCAAGCUAAAAUACAAGCAAGACUAUGAAGAUAAAGUGAAAGGCAAAUGGAGCGAGACGCCUUGCUUCGAGAUCGCCACGGCCAGGAUGAAUGCGAACAACCUCAGCGCGAGGAAGUAUCACGAAAGCUUUGAGAAUAUGAAAGACCAGAUCUACUUCAUGCAGACGGACACACCGGAGUACAAGACCAACAAACAGGCCGGGGUGGCAGCCAGCAAGGUAAAAUACAAAGAAAACUAUGAAAAGAAUAAAGGAAAAGCCGAUUAUAAUGUGCUUCCUGCUUCAGAGAACCCACUGCUCCGGCAGCUGAUGGCAGCAGGAAAUACCCUAAGUGAUAAAUUGUACAAGGAAAACUAUGAAAAGACAAAGGCAAGGAGCAUAAAUUACUGCGAGACCCCCAAAUUUCAGCUGGACGCAGUUCUGCAGAAAUUCAGCAGUGAUACUAAAUAUAAAGAUUCCUACUUGAAGAAUAUUUUGGGACAUUAUGUAGGCAGCUAUGAGGAUCCAUAUUAUGCACACUGCAUGAAAGUCACAGCUCAGAACAGUGAUAAAAACUACAGAGCAGAAUACGAAGAGGACAGAGGCAAAUGCUUCUUCCCCCAGACCAUUACUCCGGAGUAUGAAACAAUCAAGAAACUGGAUCAGUGUAAGGAUCACACCUACAAAAUCCAUCCAGACAAGACAAAAUUCACUCAAGUAACCGACUCGCCUGUUCUGCUGCAAGCCCAAGUCAAUGCCAAACAACUGAGUGAUCUAAAUUACAAAGCGAAACACGAAAGUGAGAAGUUCAAGUGCCAUAUACCUCCGGACAUGCCUGCCUUCAUCCAGCACAGAGUCAACGCGUACAACCUGAGCGAUAAUGUUUAUAAGCAUGACUGGGAGAAGAGCAAAGCUAAGAAGUUUGACAUUAAAGUGGAUGCCAUCCCCCUGCUGGCAGCCAAGGCCAACAGCAAGAAUGCUAGUGAGGUGAUGUACAAGAAAGACUAUGAAAAGAACAGGGGGAAAAUGAUCGGGGCCCUCAGCAUUAACGAUGAUCCCAAGAUGCUGCACUCUCUGAAGACGGCCAAAAUGCAGAGCGAUCGUGAAUAUCAUAAAGACUAUGAAAAGUCAAAAACUAUCUACACGGCACCUCUUGAUAUGCUCCAAGUCACUCAAGCUAAGAAAUCUCAGGCAAUUGUCAGUGACGUGGACUACAAGCACCUCCUACACAAUUACAGCUACCCGCCCGACAGCGUCAACCUGGACCUCGCCAAGAAGGCGUACGCGCUGCAGAGCGAUGUUGAAUACAAAGCUGACUACAACAGCUGGAUGAAAGGCUGUGGCUGGGUGCCUUAUGGGUCCUUGGAAUUGGAAAAGGCAAAGCGAGCUUCAGACAUCCUUAAUGAGAAAAAAUAUCGCCAACAUCCAGACACUCUCAAGUUUACUUCGAUCGAAGAUGCUCCGAUUACAGUACAGUCUAAAAUCAACCAGGCCCAGAGGAGUGAUAUUGCCUACAAAGCCAAAGGAGAGAAGACUCUUCACAAGUACAGCCUGCCAGCGGACCUGCCCCAGUUCAUUCAGGCCAAAGUUAACGCCUACAACAUCAGUGAGAAUAUGUACAAAGCAGACUUGAAAGAUAUGAGCAAGAAGGGAUAUGACCUGAGAACUGAUGCCAUUCCCAUCAAAGCUGCCAAGGCUGCCAGGCAGGCGGCCAGUGACGUUCAGUACAAAAAAGAUUAUGAAAAAGCCAAAGGGAAAAUGGUUGGCUUCCAAAGUCUCCAAGAUGAUCCUAAACUGGUUCAUUAUAUGAAUGUGGCCAAGAUACAAUCGGACCGGGUGUACAAACAAGACUAUGAGAAGACAAAGACGAAAUUCAACAUUCCCCAUGACAUGUUCAAUGUUGUGGCAGCUAAGAAAGCUCAGGACAUUGUUAGCAAUACCAGCUAUAAGCAUCCGCUCCAUCAUUACACCUACCUGCCCGAUGCCAUGGACCUGGAGUUGUCUAAAAACAUGAUGCACAUCCAGAGCAAUAAUGCCUACAAGGAAGACUACAACGCCUGGAUGAAGGGCAUCGGCUGGAUUCCCAUCGGGAGCCUGGACGUAGAAAAAGUUAAAAAGGCGGGUGAUGCCCUGAGUGAAAAGAAGUACCGGCAGCAUCCAGACACCCUCAAGUUCACGAGCGUCGUGGACUCCCCAGUUAUGGUCCAGGCAAAGCAGAACACACAGCAAGCCAGUGAUAUCUUAUACAAAGCCAAAGGAGAAGAUGUGAAACAUAAAUACACCUUGAGUCCUGAUCUUCCUCAGUUUCUUCAGGCCAAGUGCAAUGCUUACAAUAUAAGCGAUGUCUGUUAUAAACGGGACUGGCAUGAUUUAAUAGCCAAGGGCAACAAUGUCCUGGGCGACGCCAUUCCCAUCGCUGCAGCCAAAGCGUCAAGGAAUAUUGCCAGCGAUUAUAAAUACAAGGCAGCUUAUGAGAAGUCCAAGGGGAAGCACAUAGGUUUUAGAAGCCUCCAGGAUGAUCCCAAGUUGGUCCACUAUAUGAAUGUAGCAAAGUUGCAGUCCGAUCGUGAAUAUAAGAAGAACUAUGAGAAGACCAAAACCAGCUACCACACCCCUGGGGACAUGGUUAGCAUUACAGCUGCAAAGAUGGCCCAGGAUGUUGUUACCAACGUCAAUUAUAAACAACCGAUACAUCAUUACACAUACCUACCUGAUGCCAUGAGUGUCCAGCACACCAGGAACGUGAAUCAGAUUCAGAGUGACAAUGUCUAUAAGGACGAAUAUAACACCUUCCUGAAGGGCAUUGGAUGGAUCCCUAUUGGCUCUCUGGAGGUUGAGAAGGCCAAGAAGGCAGGCGAUGCACUAAAUGAGAGGAAGUACCGACAGCACCCAGAUACCAUCAAGUUCACAAGCGUGCCUGAUUCCAUGGGCAUGGUGCUGGCUCAGCAGAACACAAAGCAGCUGAGUGAUUUGAACUACAAGGUGGAGGGGGAGAAACUGAAGCAGAAGUAUACUAUAGACCCGGAUCUGCCUCAGUUUAUUCAGGCCAAGGUCAACGCCCUCAACAUGAGUGAUGCUUAUUAUAAGGCAGACUGGAAGAAAACCCUCGCUAAGGGCUAUGAUUUGAGAACAGAUGCUAUCCCAAUUGUUGCUGCAAAGAGUUCAAGAAAUAUUGCUAGCAAUUUCAAAUAUAAAGAGGCCUAUGAGAAAGCCAAAGGCAAGCAAAUUGGAUUUCGUAGUCUUCAGGAUGAUCCUAAACUGGUUCACUACAUGAAUGUAGCCAAAAUGCAGUCAGAUCGAGAGUACAAAAAGGGCUACGAAGCCAGCAAGACCAGGUACCACACACCCUUGGAUAUGUUCAGUGUGACUGCGGCCAAGAAAUCUCAGGAGGUUGCUACCAACACCAACUACAAACAACCCUUCCACAACUACACUCUGCUGCCCGAUGCCUUGACCGUGGAGCAUUCCAAGAACGCGAUGCAGAUUCAAAGCGAUAAUCUAUACAAAUCCGACUUCACCAACUGGAUGAAAGGCAUUGGCUGGGUCCCAAUAGAUUCCCUGGAAGUGGAGAAGGCAAAGAAAGCAGGAGAUAUUCUCAGCGAGAAGAAGUAUCGCCAGCACCCUGAGAAGCUGAAGUUCACGUACUCCAUGGACACAAUGGAGCAAGAACUUAACAAAAGUAACAAAUUGACUAUGGAUAAGAAGCGCUAUAUCGAGAAAUGGAACAAAGACAAGACCAGCAUUCACAUCAUGCCUGAUACGCCAGACAUUCUGCUCUCCAAAAUGAACCAAAUCACCAUGAGCGAUAAACUGUACAAAGCUGGCUGGGAAGAAGAAAAGAAGAAAGGAUAUGACUUGAGGCCAGAUGCCAUCUCAAUAAAGGCUGCAAGAGCCUCUAGAGACAUUGCCAGUGAUUUCAAAUACAAGCAAGCCUAUGAAAAAGCCAAAGGAAAGCACAUUGGCUUCCGCAGCCUGGAGGACGACCCCAAGUUGGUGCACUUCAUGCAGGUGGCCAAGAUGCAGUCGGACCGGGAAUACAGGAAGGGCUAUGAGAAAUCUAAGACAUCCUUCCACACCCCGGUGGACAUGUUCAGUGUGGUGGCCGCCAAGAAGUCUCAGGAAGUGGCCACCAACACCAACUACAGGAACGUGAUCCACACCUACAACAUGCUUCCGGAUGCCAUGAACUUUGAAUUGGCCAAAAACAUGAUGCAGAUUCAAAGCGAUAAUCAGUACAAAGCUGACUUUGCUGACUUCAUGAAAGGCGUUGGAUGGCUCCCUCUGGGCUCCCUGGAGGCUGAGAAAAACAAGAAAGCCAUGGAGAUUAUCAGUGAAAAGAAAUACCGCCAACACCCAGACACUUUCAAGUAUUCCACAUUGAUGGACUCAAUGAACAUGGUUUUGGCUCAGAAUAAUGCAAAAAUUAUGAAUGAGCACCUCUACAAACAAGCAUGGGAGGCUGACAAGACCAAAGUCCACCUCAUGCCUGAUAUCCCCCAGAUUGUUCUGGCGAAGGCAAACGCAAUUAACAUGAGUGAUAAACUUUACAAACUUUCCAUGGAAGAGUCUAAAAAGAAAGGCUACGAUCUCAGAACUGACGCAAUUUCUAUCAAAGCUGCCAAGGCCUCUAGAGAUAUUGCAAGUGAUUAUAAAUACAAAUAUAAUUAUGAAAAGUCGAGGGGAAAAAUGGUUGGUUUCCGCAGUCUUGAGGAUGAUCCGAAACUAGUCCAUUCCAUGCAAGUGGCUAAGAUGCAAUCUGACCGGGAGUACAAGAAAAACUAUGAGAAGACGAAAACCAGCUACCACACCCCCGCCAACAUGCUCAGUGUCACGGCCGCCAAGGAGGCCCAAGCCAACAUCACCAACACCAACUAUAAGCACCUGAUUCACAAGUACAUUCUCCUUCCAGAUGCCAUGAACAUCCAGCUGAGCAAGAAUAUGAAUCACAUACAGAGUGAUAAUGAAUAUAAGCAGGACUACAACGAAUGGUACAAAGGGCUUGGCUGGAGUCCAGCUGGUUCCCUAGAGGUGGAGAAGGCCAAGAAAGCAACUGAGUAUGCCAGUGACCAGAAAUAUCGCCAGCACCCGAGCGCUUUCCAGUUUAAGAAGCUGACCGACUCCAUGGACAUGGUUCUCGCCAAGCAGAAUGCGCACACCAUGAACAAGCACUUAUACACCGUUGAUUGGAACAAAGACAAAACCAAGAUUCAUUUGAUGCCUGAUACACCAGAUAUUUUGCAAGCCAAGCAGAAUCAAUCAAUGUACAGUCAGAAACUCUAUAAACUUGGAUGGGAAGAGGCUUUGAAGAAAGGCUAUGAUCUCCCAGUUGAUGCAAUUUCUGUACAGUUGGCCAAAGCUUCAAGAGACAUCGUUAGUGAUUUUAAAUAUAAACAAGGCUACCGCAAGCAGCUCGGCCACCACAUUGGAUUCCGGAGUCUGCAAGAUGAUCCAAAGCUUGUGCUGUCCAUGAACGUAGCCAAAAUGCAGAGUGACAGGGAGUACAAGAAGGACUUUGAGAAGUGGAAGACCAAGUACACCAGCCCCGUGGACAUGCUGGGGGUGGUGCUGGCCAAGAAGUGCCAGGCCUUGGUCAGCGACGUGGACUACAAGAACUACCUGCACCAGUGGACGUGCCUGCCCGACCAGAACGACGUCAUUCAAGCUAAAAGAGUUUAUGAACUGCAGAGUGAGAAUCUGUAUAAGUCUGACCUUGAGUGGUUGAGAGGCAUAGGAUGGAGUCCCCUGGGUUCUUUGGAGGCAGAAAAGAACAAGCGGGCUUCAGAAAUCAUCAGUGAGAAGAAAUAUCGUCAGCCUGCAGACAAAAACAAGUUCACCAGCGUUCCUGAUGGCAUGGAUGUAGUUCUGGCAAAGGCAAAUGCCAAAAAUAGGAGUGAUAGACUUUAUCGAGAAGCUUGGGACAAAGACAAGACUCAAGUCCACAUCAUGCCGGAUACACCUGACAUUAUUCUGGCUAAAGCAAACUUAAUCAACACAAGUGACAAACUCUAUCGAAUGGGUUAUGAGGAGCUGAAGAAAAAAGGCUACGAUCUUCCCCUUGAUGCCAUAUCAAUCAAAGCAGCAAAAGCAUCUCGAGAAAUUGCCAGCGAAUACAAGUACAAGGAAGGUUUUCGCAAGCAGCUUGGCCACCACAUUGGAGCCCGGAAUAUCAAAGAUGACCCCAAGAUGAUGUGGUCCAUGCAUGUGGCCAAGAUCCAGAGUGACAGGGAGUACAAGAAGGACUUUGAGAAGUCGAAGACCAAGUACACCAGCCCCGUAGACAUGCUGGGAGUGGUCCUGGCCAAGAAGUGCCAGGCCUUAGUCAGUGAUGCCGACUACAAGAACUACCUGCACCAGUGGACGUGCCUGCCCGACCAGAACGACGUCAUUCAUGCUCGGCAGGCCUAUGACCUCCAGAGUGAUAAUUUGUACAAGGCUGACCUUCAGUGGCUAAAAGGCAUUGGCUGGUUACCUAGCGGUUCUCUUGAGGAUGAGAAGAACAAGAGAGCUAUGCAGAUUUUGAGUGACCAUGCUUACCGUCAACACCCAGAUAAAUUAAAGUUUACCAGCCUUAUGGACUCCAUCCCAAUGGUUCUGGCAAAAAACAACGCUAUUACUAUGAACCAUCGCCUCUAUACGGAAGCUUGGGAUAAAGAUAAAACCAGUGUCCAUAUUAUGCCAGACACCCCUGAAGUUUUACUAGCUAAACAAAACAAAAUAAAUUACAGUGAGAAACUAUAUAAACUUGGCCUAGAAGAAGCCAAGAGGAAAGGCUAUGAUAUGCGGCUAGAUGCCAUUCCCAUCAAGGCGGCCAAGGCCUCCAGAGACAUUGCAAGUGAAUACAAGUACAAAGAAGGCUAUCGGAAGCAGCUCGGCCACCACAUUGGAGCCCGGAACAUCAAAGACGACCCCAAGAUGAUGUGGUCCAUGCAUGUGGCCAAGAUCCAGAGUGACAGGGAGUACAAGAAGGACUUUGAGAAGUCAAAGACUAGGUACACCAGCCCCGUGGACAUGCUGGGGGUGGUGCUGGCCAAGAAGUGCCAGACCUUGGUCAGUGACGUGGACUACAAGAACUACCUGCACCAGUGGACGUGCCUGCCCGACCAGAACGACGUCAUCCACGCUCGGCAGGCCUAUGAAAUCCAGAGCGACAAUAUGUACAAGUCAGAUCUCCAGUGGAUGAGAGGCAUCGGCUGGGUUCCUAUUGGCUCUUUGGAUGUGGAAAAAUGCAAAAAGGCAACUGAAAUUUUGAGUGAUAAAAUCUAUCGCCAGCCUCCAGACAAAUUUAGAUUUACUAGUGUGACAGAUUCGCUGGAACAAGUGUUGGCCAAGAAUAAUGCCAUCACCAUGAACAAGCGUUUAUACACAGAAGCCUGGGACAAAGACAAGACCCAGAUCCACAUCAUGCCAGACACCCCGGAAAUUACAUUGGCAAGAAUGAACAAAAUCAACUACAGCGAGAGUCUGUAUAAACUCGCCAACGAAGAAGCCAAGAAGAAAGGCUAUGAUUUGCGAAGUGACGCCAUCCCGAUCGUAGCAGCCAAGGCCUCCAGGGACAUUGCCAGUGAUUACAAAUACAAAGAUGGUUACCGCAAGCAGCUUGGCCACCACAUUGGAGCCCGGGACAUCAAAGAUGACCCCAAGAUGAUGUGGUCCAUGCAUGUGGCCAAGAUCCAGAGUGACAGGGAGUACAAGAAGGACUUUGAGAAGUGGAAGACCAAGUACACCAGCCCGGUGGACAUGCUGGGAGUGGUCCUGGCCAAGAAGUGCCAGACCUUGGUCAGUGACGUGGACUACAAGAACUACCUGCACCAGUGGACGUGCCUGCCCGACCAGAACGACGUCAUCCACGCUCGGCAGGCCUAUGAAAUCCAGAGCGACAACAUUUAUAAAUCAGAUCUCCAGUGGCUGAGAGGCGUUGGCUGGGUCCCCAUCGGGUCUCUGGAUGUGGUGAAGUGCAAGAGAGCUGGGGAGAUCCUGAGUGACAACAUCUACCGCCAGCCUCCAGACAAGCUGAAGUUCACCAGCGUGACUGACUCCCUGGAGCAGGUGCUGGCAAAGAACAACGCCCUCACCAUGAACAAGCGUUUAUAUACAGAGGCCUGGGACAAAGACAAGACUCAGAUUCAUAUAAUGCCUGAUACCCCGGAGAUCAUGCUGGCAAAGCAGAACCAGCUCAACUACAGUGAGACUCUGUAUAAACUUGCCAAUGAAGAAGCCAAGAAGAAAGGCUAUGACUUGAGAAGUGAUGCCAUCCCAAUUGUGGCAGCCAAGGCCUCCAGAGACAUCGUCAGUGACUACAAAUACAAAGAUGGUUACCGCAAGCAGCUUGGCCACCACAUUGGAGCACGGGACAUCAAAGAUGACCCCAAGAUGAUGUGGUCCAUGCAUGUGGCCAAGAUCCAGAGUGACAGGGAGUACAAGAAGGACUUUGAGAAGUCGAAAACCAAGUUCAGCAGCCCCGUGGACAUGCUGGGGGUGGUGCUGGCCAAGAAGUGCCAGACCUUGGUCAGUGACGUGGACUACAAGAACUACCUGCACCAGUGGACGUGCCUGCCCGACCAGAACGACGUCAUCCACGCUCGGCAGGCCUAUGAAAUCCAGAGCGACAACAUUUAUAAAUCAGAUCUCCAGUGGCUGAGAGGCGUUGGCUGGGUCCCCAUCGGGUCUCUGGAUGUGGUGAAGUGCAAGAGAGCUGGGGAGAUCCUGAGUGACAACAUCUACCGCCAGCCUCCAGACAAGCUGAAGUUCACCAGCGUGACUGACUCCCUGGAGCAGGUGCUGGCAAAGAACAAUGCCCUCACCAUGAACAAGCGUUUAUACACAGAAGCCUGGGACAAAGACAAGACCCAAGUCCACAUCAUGCCUGAUACCCCUGAAAUUACUUUGGCAAGACAAAAUAAAAUAAAUUAUAGUGAGAGCCUCUACCGCCAGGCCAUGGAAGAAGCCAAGAAAGAAGGCUAUGACUUGAGAAGCGACGCCAUUUCCAUCGUGGCUGCCAAGGCCUCCAGGGACAUUGCCAGUGAUUACAAAUACAAAGAAGCUUAUCGUAAGCAGUUGGGUCACCACAUUGGUGCCCGAGCAAUCCAUGAUGACCCCAAGAUGAUGUGGUCCCUUCACAUUGCCAAAGUGCUGAGCGACCGCGAGUACAAGAAAGAAUUCGAGAAAUACAAGACCAGGUACAGCAGCCCAGUGGACAUGCUGGGUAUCGUGUUGGCCAAGAAAUGUCAGACCUUGGUCAGUGACGUGGACUAUAAACAUCUCCUCCAUGAGUGGACGUGCCUGCCCGACCAGAAUGACGUCAUCCACGCUCGGAAAGCUUACGACCUCCAGAGCGACAAUUUGUAUAAGUCAGACCUUGAAUGGAUGAAGGGUAUUGGUUGGGUUCCAAUUGGCUCCUUGGAAGUUGUUAAAGCCAAGAGGGCCACAGAGAUACUGAGUGAUAAGAUCUACCGUCAGCGUCCAGAUGCACUGAAAUUUACCUGUAUAACUGACACCCCAGAGCAGGUGCUGGCAAAGAGCAAUGCUAUAAACAUGAAUAAGCGCUUGUACACUGAAGCCUGGGACAAUGAUAAGAAAACAAUCCACGUCAUGCCCGAUACCCCAGAAAUCAUGCUAGCCAAGCUCAACCGAAUCAACUACAGUGACAAACUCUAUAAACUUGCUUUGGAAGAGUCCAAGAAGGAAGGCUACGACUUGCGCUUGGAUGCCAUUCCAAUCCGAGCAGCCAAGGCGUCAAGAGAUAUUGCUAGUGAAUACAAGUACAAGGAAGGCUACCGUAAGCAGCUCGGCCACCACAUUGGGGCCCGAAACAUCAAAGACGACCCCAAGAUGAUGUGGUCCAUGCAUGUGGCCAAGAUCCAGAGUGACAGAGAGUACAAGAAGGACUUUGAAAAGUCGAAGACCAAGUUCAGCAGCCCCGUGGACAUGCUGGGGGUGGUGCUGGCCAAGAAGUGCCAGAUCCUUGUAAGCGACAUAGACUACAAGCAUCCCCUGCAUGAGUGGACCUGUCUGCCCGACCAGAAUGACGUCAUUCAGGCUCGGAAGGCCUAUGAUCUUCAGAGUGAUGCUAUUUACAAGGCUGAUCUGGAGUGGCUGAAAGGCAUUGGAUGGGUGCCCAUUGGCUCCGUAGAGGUCGAGAAGGUGAAGAGAGCUGGAGAAAUCCUGAGCGACAGGAAGUACCGCCUGCCUGCAGACAAGCUCAAAUUCACAUGCAUCACAGAUACCCCAGAAAUUGUCCUGGCAAAGAGCAACGCCCUCACAAUGAGCAAGCACUUAUACACUGAAGCUUGGGAUGCUGACAAAACUUCCAUCCAUGUGAUGCCGGACACCCCAGAAAUCAUGCUGGCCAAGAGCAAUUCUGUCAAUAUCAGCCAAAAACUUUACACCAAGGGAUGGGAUGAGUCAAAGAUGAAGGACUAUGACCUGAGAGCUGAUGCUAUUUCCAUCAAAAGUGCCAAGGCCUCGAGGGACAUCGCCAGCGAUUACAAAUACAAAGAAGCUUAUGAAAAACAGAAAGGCCACCACAUCGGGGCCCAGAGCAUUGAAGACGACCCCAAGAUUAUGUGUGCCAUACACGCAGGCAAGAUUCAAAGUGAAAGAGAGUACAAGAAGGACUUUGAGAAGUGGAAGACCAAGUACAGUAGCCCAGUGGACAUGUUAGGCAUCUUGCUGGCCAAGAAAUGUCAGACACUGGUCAGCGACAUUGAUUACCGGAAUAUCCUGCAUCACUGGACGUGCUUACCUGACCAAAACGACAUUAUCCAAGCGAAGAGGGCCUAUGACCUGCAGAGUGAUAGUGUGUAUAAGGCAGACCUGGAGUGGAUGCGUGGCAUCGGCUGGAUGCCAGAAGGCUCAGUAGAAAUGACCAGGGUGAAAGGUGCUCAAGACUUGAUGAAUGAAAGACUCUAUCGGACGCGACCAGAAGCCUUGAAGUUCACUUGCAUUACUGACACUCCAGAAGUUGUCCUGGCAAAAGCCAAUUCUCUGCAAAUCAGUGAGAAACUGUAUCAAGAAGCUUGGAACAAAGACAAAACCAACAUCAGCAUUCCUUCCGACACACCAGUCAUGCUGCAGGCCCAAAUCAAUGCCCUGCAAAUCAGCAAUAAACUCUACCAGAAAGACUGGAAUGAGGCCAAGCAGAAAGGCUAUGACAUACGAGCAGAUGCCAUUGAAAUCAAGCAUGCCAAAGCCUCCAGAGAAAUUGCCAGCGAGUACAAAUACAAAGAAGGUUACCGUAAGCAACUGGGCCACCACGUGGGUUUCCGCAGCCUUCAAGAUGACCCCAAAUUGGUAUGGUCUAUACAUGCUGCCAAGAUCCAGAGUGACAGAGAAUACAGGAAAGCGUAUGAGAAGUCUAAAGGAAUUUACAAUACCCCCUUGGACAUGAUGUCAAUUGUUCAAGCCAAGAGAUGCCAGGUCCUGGUUAGCGACAUUGAUUAUCGCAAUUAUCUGCACCAGUGGACGUGUCUGCCGGAUCAGAAUGAUGUGAUCCAGGCCAAGAAAGCCUACGAGCUGCAGAGCGAUAAUGUGUACAAGUCAGACCUGGAGUGGUUGAAGGGUAUCGGAUGGUUGCCAGAGGGUUCUGUGGAAGUGGUGAGAGUGAAGAAUGCUCAAGAUCUCCUCAAUGAAAAACUGUAUCGUACAAAGCCUGAGGCCCUCAAAUUCACCAGCAUUGCUGAUACGCCUGAAGUCAUUCUGGCAAAAACCAAUGCUCUACAGAUCAGUGAGCCACUGUAUCGCGAGGCCUGGGACAAAGAGAAGGCUAAUGUGAAUGUGCCAGCCGACACCCCAGUGAUGCUGCAGUCCAAAAUCAACGCCCUCCAGAUCAGCAAUAAACACUAUCAGCAAGCUUGGGAAGACGUUAAGAUGACCGGUUACGACCUGCGAGCAGAUGCCAUUGGGAUCCAGCAUGCCAAGGCUUCCAGGGACAUUGCCAGUGAUUAUCUAUAUAAAACUGCUUAUGAGAAACAGAAAGGCCACUAUAUUGGAUGUAACAGUGCCAAGGAAGACCCUAAACUGGCUUGGGCAGCAAAUGUGUUGAAGAUGCAGAGUGACAGGCUGUACAAAAAGGCCUACAAUGACCACAAGGCCAAGAUCUCCAUCCCGGGGGACAUGGUAUCCAUCAGUGCUGCCAAAGAAGGCCAGGCGCUAGCAAGCAACGUGGACUAUCGCCAGUACCUGCACCAGUGGUCUUGCCUUCCGGACCAGAAUGAUGUGAUCCACGCCAGGCAAGCAUAUGACCUGCAGAGUGAUGCCAUCUACAAGGCUGACUUGGAGUGGUUGCGUGGCAUUGGCUGGAUGCCUGAAGGGUCUCCCGAAGUCCUGAGAGUCAAAAAUGCCCAGGAGAUCCUACGAGACAGUGUCUAUCGGACACCUGUGGUGAACCUCAAGUACACAAGUAUCGUUGACACGCCGGAAGUUGUCCUUGCUAAGUCAAAUGCUGAAAAUAUUAGCAUUCCAAAGUACAGAGAAGUUUGGGACAAAGAUAAAACUUCGAUCCACAUAAUGCCAGAUACUCCAGAAAUUAAUCUCGCCAGAGCCAAUGCUCUCAAUGUGAGCAAUAAAAUUUACCGUGAAGGUUGGGAUGAAGUGAAGAUGAACUGCGACAUACGGCUGGAUGCCAUCCCUAUACAGGCUGCCAAGGCUUCCAGGGAGAUCGCCAGUGACUAUAAGUACAAGCUUGACCAUGAGAAGCAGAAAGGCCACUACGUGGGCACCCUCACAGCCAGGGACGACAACAGGAUCCGCUGGGCCCUCAUAGCUGGCAAGCUUCAGAAUGAACGGGAGUAUCGGCUGCAGUGGGCCAAGUGGAAGACUAAGUUCCAGAGCCCCGUGGAUAUGCUUUCCAUCUUGCAUUCUAAAAAUUGCCAGACACUGGUCAGCGACAUUGAUUACCGCCACCGCUUGCACCAGUGGACCUGCCUGCCCGACCAGAACGAUGUGAUUCAGGCCAAAAAGGCCUACGAACUGCAAAGCGAUGCUAUCUACAAGGCCGACUUGGAAUGGUUGCGUGGGAUCGGAUGGAUGCCCAAUGAUUCUGUUUCCGUCAAUCACGCCAAAUAUGCUGGGGAUAUCUUCAGUGAGAGUAAAUAUCGCACGAAAGUCGAAACUCUGAACUUUACUCCUGUGGAUGACAGAGUUGAUUAUGUGACAGCGAAACAAAGUGGUGAGAUCCUAAAUGAUAUUAAAUACCGGAAAGAUUGGAAUGACACCAAAUCAAAGUACACCCUCACAGAAACGCCCCUGCUGCACACGGCCCAGGAGGCAGCCCGGAUACUGGACCAGUACCUCUACAAGGAAGGCUGGGAGAAACAAAAAGCCACAGGUUACAUUUUGCCUCCAGAUGCUGUGCCGUUUGUUCAUGCGCAUCACUCCAGUGAUGUUCAGAGCGAGCUGAAAUACAAAGCUGAGCACGUGAAGCAAAAAGGUCACUACGUUGGUGUUUCGAACAUGAGAGAUGACCCUCACCUGGUGUGGUUUGAGCAUGCGGGCCAGAUUCAGAAUGACAGACUGUACAAGGAGGACUAUCAUAAAACAAAGGCCAAGAUCAACAUACCUGCGGACACGGUGUCCGUGCUGGCCGCCAAGCAGGGGCAGUCCCUCAUCAGCGAUAUUGAUUACCGCAAUUACCUGCACCAGUGGACUUGUCAUCCUGACCAAAACGAUGUUAUUCAGGCCAGGAAGGCCUAUGACCUACAGAGCGAUAAUGUGUACAAAGCUGACUUGGAGUGGCUCCGAGGCAUUGGCUGGAUCCCCCUGGAUUCUGUGGAGCAUGUGAGGGUUACUAAAAACCAAGAGAUGGUGAAUCAGGUGAAAUAUAAGAAAGCUGCUCUCGACAACUAUCCUAACUUUACAAGUGUGGAAGAUCCUCCAGAGGUUGUUUUGGCCAAGAUUAACUCAGUCAAUCAAAGUGAUAUAAAAUAUAAAGAAACAUUUAAUAAGCUAAUAAAGGGCAAGUAUACAUUUACUCCAGAGACACCAUAUAUCACUCACUCCAAAGACAUGGAAAAACUCUACAGUACCAUACUGUAUAAAGGGGCAUGGGAGGGAACCAAGGCCUAUGGCUACACCUUGGAUGAACGCUACAUCCCCAUUGUUGGAGCCAAGCAUGCUGACUAUGUGAACAGUGAGCUUAAAUACAAAGAGACAUUUGAGAAGCAGAAGGGUCACUACCUGGCUGGAAAAGAAAUCAGUGAGUUCCCCGGUGUGGUUCACUGCCUGGAUUUCCAGAAGAUGAGGAGCGCGUUGAACUACAGAAAACAUUAUGAGGACACCAAAGCAAAUAUUCAUAUCCCCAACGAUAUGAUGAAUCACGUGCUGGCCAAGAAGUGCCAGUACAUCCUCAGUGACCUGGAGUACCGACACUACUUCCACCAGUGGACCUCUCUUCCAGAAGAACCCAGUGUUCUCCUGGCCCGCAACGCCCAGGAGAUCCUGAGUGAUAAUGUGUAUAAGGAUGACUUGAAUUGGCUGAAAGGCAUUGGAUGCUAUGUUUGGGAUACACCCCAGAUCCUCCAAGCCAAGAAGUCAUACGACCUUCAGAGUCAGCUACAAUACACGGCAGCAAGUAAAGACAAUCUGCAAAAUUUUAGUGUGGUCACAGACACACCGCUUUACGUGACUGCUCUUCAAAGCGGCAUCAAUGCCAGUGAGGUGAGAUAUAAAGAAAAUUAUCAUCAGACUAAGGACAAAUAUACGACAGUGCUGGAAACAGUGGAUUAUGACAGAACCAAGAAUCUGAAGAACCUUUACAGCAGUAACCUGUACAAGGAGGCCUGGGAAAAAGUGAAAGCCACCAGCUACAUCCUGCCUUCCAGCACCAUGUCCCUGACACACGCCAAGAACCAGAAGGACCUGGCCAGCACUAUCAAAUAUCGGGAAGAAUAUGAGAAGUUCAAAGCUCUUUAUACUUUACCAAAAAGUGUUGAAGAUGAUCCAAAUACAGCCCGAUGUCUCCGAGUUGGCAAGUUUAACAUUGAUCGCCUGUACAAGUCAGUUUAUGAAAAGAACAAGAUGAAAAUCAACAUUGUGCCCGACAUGGUAGAGAUGGUCACUGCUAAGGACUCUCAGAAGAAAGUCAGUGAAAUUGACUACCGCCUACAUCUCCAUGAGUGGAUCUGCCAUCCAGACUUGCAAGUCAACAGUCACGUCAGGAAAGUCACAGAUCAGAUCAGCGACAUUGUCUACAAGGAUGACCUCAACUGGUUGAAAGGCAUUGGUUGCUAUGUCUGGGACACCCCUGAAAUCCUCCAUGCCAAGCAUGCUUAUGAUCUACGCAACGAUAUCAAGUACAAAGCUCACGUGCAGAAAACGAGGAAUGACUACAAGCUGGUCACUGACACUCCAGUCUACGUCCAGGCUGUCCAAAGUGGGAAACAGCUAAGUGACGCUGUCUACCACUAUGACUACGUGCACAGCGUCAGAGGCAAAGUGGCACCAACGACAAAAACUGUGGACCUGGACCGGGCUCUUCACGCGUACAAGCUCCAGAGUGAGAAUCUGUACCGAGAUGCUGGCAAGCGCUCCCUGCCUACUGGAUACAGGCUUCCCGUUGACACUCCUCACUUCAAACACUCCAAGGACACCCAGUACAUGAGCAGUUAUUUCAAGUACAAAGAAGUUUAUGAGCACAUCAAGGCAAAUGGGUAUACCCUUGGCCCCAACGAUGUUCCAUUUGUCAAUGUCCGGAGGGUCAACGAUGUUACCAGCGAGAGACUGUAUCGACAGCUGUACCACAAACUCAAAGACAAGAUCCACACAACCCCUGACACGCCCGAAAUCCGCCAAGUCAAGAAGACACAAGAGGCUGUCAGUGAGUUGAUCUACAAAUCAGACUUCUUCAAGAUGCAGGGCCACAUGAUCUCUCUGCCAUACACACCGCAAGUGCUCCAUUGCCGUUAUGUGGGAGACAUCACCAGUGAUAUUAAAUAUAAAGAGGACUUGCAGGUCCUGAAGGGAAUAGGCUGCUUCCUGAUGGACACUCCUGACAUGGUCCGUUCCCGGCACCUGCGGAAGCUCUGGUCUAAUUACCUGUACACUGAUAAUGCCAGGAAGAUGCGAGACAAAUACAAAGUGGUGCUCGACACUCCAGAAUACAGAAAAGUACAGGAACUGAAGACACAUCUGAGUGAGCUGGUAUACAGAGCUAAAGGCAAGAAGCAGAAGUCAAUCUUCACUUCAAUUCCUGAUACACCUGAUCUUUUAAGAGCCAAGCAAGGGCAGAAGCUUCAGAGUCAGUAUCUGUAUGUUGAACUUGCCACCAAAGAGAGACCCCAUCAUCAUGCUGGGAAUCAGACCACAGCCCUGAAUCACGCUAAAGAAGUGAAGGACCUGGUCAGCGAGAACAAGUACAAGAUUCAGUAUGAAAAGAUGAAGGACAAGUACACCCCGAUUCCAGAUACGCCAGUCCUCAUCAGGGCCAAGAAGGCUUACUGGAACGCCAGUGAUCUACGCUACAAAGAAACAUUUGAAAAGACCAAAGGGAAAUACCACACUGUGAAGGAUGCUUUGGACAUUGUGUAUCAUCGCAAAGUGACAGACGACGUCAGUAAAGUGAAAUACAAGGAGAACUAUAUGAGCCAGCUGGGAAUCUGGAGGUCCAUCCCUGACCGCCCAGAGCAUUUCCACCAUCGGGCCGUCACGGAUGCAGUCAGUGAUGUAAAAUACAAAGAAGAUCUGACCUGGCUUAAAGGCAUUGGUUGCUAUGCCUAUGACACCCCUGACUUCACUCUGGCCGAAAAGAACAAGACUCUCUACAGCAAGUAUAAGUAUAAAGAGAUAUUUGAAAGGACAAAGUCCGAUUUCAAGUAUGAAGCUGACUGUCCAAUCAAUAGGCAUUUCAAGUAUGCAACUCACUUGGCGAACGAGAAAAAAUACAGAGCUGAUUAUGAGCAGCGGAAAGAUAAAUACCACCUGGUAGUCGAUGAGCCUAGACAUCUGCUGGCUAAGAUCGCAGGCGACCAGAUCAGUCAGAUCAAGUACAGGAAAAAGUAUGAAAAAUCUAAGGACAAAUUCACCUCAAUUGUGGACACUCCAGAGCACCUGCGUACUACAAAAGUCAACAAACAAAUCAGUGAUAUACUUUAUAAAUUGGAAUACAACAAGGCCAAGCCUAGAGGUUACACCACAAUCCAUGACACACCCAUGCUGCUGCAUGUCCGGAAGGUCAGAGAUGAAGUCAGUGAUCUGAAAUACAAAGAAGUUUACCAAAGAAAUAAAUCCAACUGCACCAUUAAGCCAGACGCUGUUCAUAUCAAAGCAGCCAAGGACGCCUACAAAGUCAACACCAACCUGGACUACAAGAAACUGUAUGAAGCCAACAAAGCCCACUGGAAGUGGACCCCUGACCGACCAGACUUCCUCCAGGCGGCCAAGUCUUCCUUGCAGCAAAGUGAUUUUGAGUAUAAGCUGGACCGAGAGUUCCUCAAGGGCUGCAAGCUCUCCGUCACCGAUGACAAAGACAUGGUGCUGGCCCUGAGGAAUUCCUUAAUAGAAAGUGACCUGAAAUACAAAGAGAAACAUGUCAAGGAAAGAGGAAGCUGCCGUGCUGUGCCUGACACUCCUCAGAUCCUCCUGGCAAAGACUGUCAGCAACCUGGUGUCCGAGAACAAGUACAAGGACUACGUGAAGAAGCACUUGGCCCAGGGCUCAUACACAACCCUGCCAGAGACCCCGAACACUAUUCGCGUCAAGGAAGUGACCAAGCAUGUCAGUGACACAAAUUACAAAAAGAAGUUUGUCAAGGAGAAAGGGAAAUCCAACUACUCCGUCAUGCUGGAGCCCCCGGACGUGAAACAUGCCAUGGAGGUGGCCAAGAAGCAGAGUGAUGUCGCUUACAGAAAAGAUGCCAAAGAAAACCUGCAUUACACCACAGUGGCCGAUCGGCCCGACAUCAAGAAGGCCACGCAGGCAGCCAAGCAGGCCAGUGAGGUGGAGUACAGAGCCAAGCACCGAAAGGAGGGCAGCCAUGGGUUAAGCAUGCUUGGUCGCCCAGACAUUGAAAUGGCGAAGAAGGCAGCCAAGCUGAGCAGCCAGGUUAAGUACCGAGAAAAUUUCGACAAAGAAAAGGGCAAGACGCCAAAAUACAACCCAAAAGACAGCCAGCUCUACAAGGUCAUGAAAGAUGCUAACAAUCUCGCAAGUGAGGUUAAAUACAAGGCUGACCUGAAGAAACUUCACAAGCCUGUGACCGACAUGAAGGAGUCUCUGAUAAUGAAUCACGUCCUGAAUACGAGCCAGCUGGCCAGCUCCUACCAGUACAAGAAGAACUAUGAGAAGAGUAAAGGCCACUACCACACAAUACCUGAUAACCUGGAGCAGCUUCACCUAAAAGAAGCCACAGAGCUACAGAGCCUAGUGAAAUACAAAGAAAAGUAUGAAAAGGAACGAGGAAAGCCCAUGUUGGACUUUGAAACACCAACGUACAUCACUGCCAAAGAGUCUCAGCAGAUGCAAAGUGGGAAAGAAUAUAGGAAAGAAUAUGAUGAGUCCAUCAAAGGCAGAAACCUGACUGGCCUGGAGGUCACACCAGCUUUAUUACAUGUCAAAUAUGCAACCAAAAUAGCCAGCGAGAAAGAGUACAGGAGAGAUCUAGAGGAAAGCAUCCGUGGGAAGGGUCUCACUGAAAUGGAAGAUACUCCCGACAUGAUAAGAGCAAAGAACGCCACUCAGAUCCUCAAUGAGAAAGAAUAUAAGAGAGACCUGGAGCUCGAAGUCAAAGGAAAAGGCCUGAAUGCCAUGGCCAAUGAAACUCCUGACUUUAUGAGGGCCAAGAAUGCUACUGAUAUUGCCAGCCAGAUUAAGUACAAGCAAUCAGCAGAAAUGGAAAAAGCCAAUUUUACUUCUGUGGUUGAUACUCCAGAGAUCAUUCAUGCCCAGCAAGUCAAGAACCUUUCAAGUCAGAAAAAGUACAAGGAAGAUGCGGAGAAGAGCAUGUCCUAUUAUGAGACGGUCUUGGACACCCCGGAGAUGCAGAGGGUUCGGGAGAACCAAAAGAACUUCAGCCUUCUCCAAUACCAGUGUGACCUUAAGAACAGCAAAGGGAAAAUUACAGUUGUUCAAGACACACCAGAAAUACUACGUGUGAAAGAAAAUCAAAAGAAUUUCAGCUCGGUUUUAUAUAAAGAGGACCUCUCGCCAGGAACAGCGAUUGGAAAGACACCUGAGAUGAUGAGAGUGAAGCAAACACAGGACCACAUUAGCUCGGUGAAGUAUAAGGAGGCAAUUGGACAAGGAACCCCAAUCCCCGACCUGCCAGAAGUGAAGCGUGUCAAAGAGACGCAGAAGCACAUCAGCUCGGUUAUGUACAAAGAAAACUUGGGAACAGGCAUUCCAACCUCUGUCACUCCAGAGAUUGAGAGAGUUAAACGCAAUCAAGAGAACUUUAGCUCGGUGUUGUAUAAAGAGAACCUCGGGCAAGGGAUCCCGAUUCCCAUCACUCCAGAGAUGGAGAGAGUCAAACACAAUCAAGAAAACUUUAGUUCGGUGUUAUACAAAGAAAACAUGGGCAAAGCAACCCCUUUACCUGUCACUCCAGAGAUGGAGAGAGUCAAACACAAUCAAGAAAAUAUUAGCACGGUUUUGUACAAAGAAAAUAUGGGGAAAGCCACCCCAACCCCUGUCACUCCAGAGAUGCAGAGAGUGAAACGCAAUCAAGAGAACAUUAGCUCGGUGUUAUACAAAGACAACCUGGGGAAAGCGACCCCCACACCCUUUACUCCUGAGAUGGAAAGAGUCAAACGCAAUCAAGAAAACUUUAGCUCGGUAUUGUACAAAGAAAAUAUGAGAAAAGCAACUCCGACACCUGUUACUCCAGAGAUGGAGAGAGCUAAGCGCAACCAAGAAAACAUUAGCUCGGUUCUUUAUUCCGAUAGCUUCCGGAAACAAAUACAAGGCAAAGCUGCCUAUGUCCUGGACACCCCGGAGAUGAGACGGGUGAGGGAGACCCAACGCCACAUCUCAACAGUGAAAUAUCAUGAAGACUUUGAGAAGCACAAGGGCUGCUUCACACCAGUGGUGACGGACCCUAUCACUGAAAGAGUGAAAAAGAACACGCAGGACUUCAGCGACAUUAACUAUCGAGGGAUUCAGAGAAAAGUGGUGGAAAUGGAACAAAAACGGAAUGACCAGGAUCAGGAGACUAUUACAGGUUUACGUGUCUGGCGUACUAAUCCUGGCUCAGUUUUUGACUAUGACCCAGCAGAAGACAAUAUUCAAUCCCGAAGCUUACACAUGAUUAAUGCCCAAGCUCAGCGCCGGAGCCGGGAGCAGUCGCGAUCAGCCAGUGCACUGAGCGUCAGCGGCGGCGAGGAGAAGUCUGAGCACUCGGAAGGCGCCGACCACCACCUGUCCUCCUACAGCAACGGUGGCAUCUUCUUCUCCGCAGCCUCAACAGCUUACAAACAUGCAAAAACCACGGAGCUCCCACAACAACGAUCAUCUUCAGUUGCCACCCAACAGACAACAGUGUCCUCUAUCCCAUCUCACCCGUCUACUGCUGGAAAAAUCUUCCGUGCCAUGUAUGACUAUAUGGCUGCUGAUGCUGAUGAGGUGUCCUUCAAGGAUGGAGAUGCUAUAGUUAAUGUUCAAGCUAUAGAUGAAGGUUGGAUGUAUGGCACUGUGCAGAGGACUGGCAGGACCGGCAUGCUCCCAGCCAACUAUGUUGAAGCUAUUUAGGCAUUUCAAAGCAUCACGCCUGUCUACAGGACCUACAAAUCCUGCAGUCAGUAUUUCAGUUUAGCCUCUCCACUGUUACCCAAGUUCUCAAGCUACCUAAUGGUUUUUCUGUGUCAAUAUGAUUUAUGGUUGUACCAUCCUUUACUUUGUCUCCAGUAAAAAAAAAAAAGUUAGCAUGACUAAUCCGUCCAAUCAUUAAACUGGCUUACUUCUUUGGUGUCUUCUGGACUUGCACAUAAAACAAGAGACAGCAUUUAACUCUUAGGCUCAUUAUUUUUUAAAUUGCCACUAUCAAAUUUUCUCUUGGGUUUUAAAAUAAGUUUAAUUUCAGAAUAGACAUUUUAAGUUUCUGCAAUAAUAUAUUAUUGCUGUAUCAACCCAGGUCUUUCUCCAUUAAUGAAAAUGCUUGACAUUAUUUCUUUUCUAAACAAGGAUUCUGAACAUGUACACAUUAAAGGAAAGAUGGCAGAGAUGGUCACCUUUUCCUUGCUUACUGAAUGCUGAUGCUUUUAUCUCUAAUCCAGUUCUGAAGUUCUAAGCUGAUAGUCAAUACAAACUGGUGUAAGCUAGUAACUAAUAAAACUUAUAAUUCUGCAACAAA